AUGCGUUUUGCCCUACUAUCCCUACUUCCUCUUUCUCUAGCAGCACCAAGUAGCUUACGCGAUGCCGCCGCCAAACCCAUAUAUUGGCUCCUAGCCGGCGACUCAACAACAGCCACCAAUGGGGGAUGGGGCGAUGCAUUCCUUUCCAAGACCGUCGCGCCAGGAUCUUCCGGCAAAAACUACGGACACAGCGGUGCAACAACGGCAUCCUUCCGCGCUGGAGGCGACUGGGGCCGAGUAAUCAAAGACAUAUCAACCUACAAGAAAGACUACAAAGUCUACGUUACGAUCCAGUUCGGACACAACGACCAAAAAGAAACCUCAGGCGUCACCCCAACCAAAUACCGCACCAACCUCGCAACCUUCGCUUCGGAAGUUAAGAACUCGGGCGCAACACCCAUCCUCGUCACACCUCUCACACGCCGCACCUUCAACACAACCACUAAACGCGUCAUCGAAAACCUCGCUAAAGAAAGCGCACUCACAAUCGACGUCGCCACGUCAAGCAACCUGCACUUCAUCGACCUCAACAAAGCGUCGACAGCGUACGUCAACGCGAUUGGGCAAGCGGGUGCAGACACGUAUAAUUGGGUGGGAGACGGGUCGACAGCGAGGGAUCGCACGCAUUUGAAUCCGUGGGGGGAGGUGGUGUUUGGGCGGCUGGUGAGCGAUUUGUUAGUGGAGAAGUAUGCGGGGGAGUUUAAGCAGUGGACGGUGGGGAAUGAGACGUUGAGUCGGCUUAUUAGGGAGGGGAAGCUUGCUUAA